AGGGAAUACGAGACGAGACGACAGGGGGAGCGAGCACAAAGCGGAAUAAAGAAAAGGCCGGGAAAAGCGAGGGCACUGCGCCUCCGCUGCGGCCUGCGGCGCCAGCGCCAGCCAACCCCUCCCUCCUACCAGUACCAGUAUUUGUUUGUUUAUUUAUAUGUAUAUAUAAAACCGUCGCUCACUCCACCACUGACCACUCUACCGAGCCGAGCGCCGGGCGGCCUUUGGAGUUUGGACUCGUACCACUCCGUCUGCGCAGGCGGAACGGAACACGGGCGAGGGCGCGAGAGCGUCUCCACCUCCACCCUCCCGAGCUCGUCGUCACCGCACCACCGGGGCCGGGCUUCGCUCGGCGAGGCAGGCCCGUCCAUGGAGGGGAUGGAGGAGGCCAACAGGACGGCAGUGGAGAGCUGCCACCGGGUGCUGGCGCUCCUCUCCAACCCGCACGGCCAGCUCGUCCCCAGCAAGGAGCUCGUGGCCGCCACCGGGGAGGCCGUCGCCAAGUUCGGCUCACUGACGGCCAAGCUCUCCAACUCCAACGGCGAUGGCCUACUGCAGGGCCACGCUAGGGUCAGGAAGGUCAAGAAGCCCCUGCACAUCUUCGACAGCAACCUCUUCCUCGAGAGCUCUGCGGUGGCCGCCGCCGCUGCUCCGGCCAAGACGCCCAGCCCGAGCCCGAUCCUUGGCCUCCAGCUGUUCCCGAGGUACCACCAGUUUGAGGGCUCGUCGUCUAAGGAUCCUGUCAGGAUCCCUACCCAGUUCCCCAAGAGGUUGCUGCUAGAGAAGCCGACUGCCGGUAUGGAGGGGUCGACGUCGCAGUCCCCUCCGAUCGUCCAGAUGGUCCAGCCGGUGUCCGUUGCGCCCCCCGCAGGGACGCCCACCCCGGCAUUGCCCCCCGCUCACCUUCAUUUCAUCCAGCAGCAGCAAAGCUACCAGAGGUUUCAGCUCAUGCAGCAGAUGAAGAUCCAGAGCGAGAUGAUGAAGAGGAGCAAUCUUGGUGAUCAGGGUGGUAGCUUAAGUGGCGGCGGCGGCGGCGGUCGUAAGGGUGUGAAUCUCAAGUUUGACAGCUCUAAUUGCACGGCGUCAUCGUCUCGCUCGUUCCUUUCGUCUCUGAGCAUGGAAGGGAGUCUUGCGAGUUUGGAUGGAAGCCGGACCAGCAGGCCGUUCCAGCUACUUAGUGGCUCUCAGACAGCUAGCACGCCGGAGCUGGGCCUGGUGCAAAGGAGAAGGUGCGCUGGCAGGGAGGAUGGGACUGGUCGGUGUGCAACCGGGAGCCGGUGCCAUUGUUCAAAGAAAAGGAAGCUAAGGAUAAGGAGGUCCAUCAAAGUCCCUGCAAUAAGCAACAAGGUUGCAGACAUCCCAGCUGAUGAAUUCUCAUGGAGGAAGUAUGGGCAGAAGCCAAUUAAGGGAUCCCCACAUCCUAGGGGUUAUUACAAGUGUAGCAGUGUGAGAGGCUGCCCCGCGAGGAAGCAUGUCGAGAGGUGCGUGGACGACCCCUCGAUGCUGAUUGUUACCUAUGAAGGUGACCACAACCACAACCGAGUUCUAGCCCAGCCAGCCUGAUCUUUCAGGCUAUCAAUUCAAGAUCGCUUCUACAGUCACCCUCCCUCCCUCCCUAGAGAAGGGAUGACAACGACGACAGUAGCAAUAACAAGAGCCUAGUGCCUGUACAUAUGUUCUGCUUCUAACAGUUGGAGGAGAGAGUCAGUUAGCUAGCUCUUUCAGAAAAAUCAAUGGUGACAGGGGGGAAACUUGUCAUGUCGAUGGAGAAAGGGGGAGGAGGGUUCCUCAUCAAAUACUCUAGUUUUGUAGUUUUGGUUUCUCUUUUGUGUUCGUCCUGUGCUAGGGCCCAUCUUGUGGUUGCAGUGUGACAUUGAGCCGCAGUUGUAUGUCUGGUAAUGGUGUUAGGGGAUUGGAUCGAGAAGAAGAGCACAAGGCAGGAAAAGUGCCUGUAAAAGUGGCUACACCUAGGAACAGAAUGUACAAUCGUCUUCAGUCCAGUGGUACAAUCUUGUUGACGCA